AUGGAUCGCAACAGAGAAGCCGACAUGGCGCUGAGGAGGGGCCCAAGCCCCACCAGGGCUGUCAGGGCCCACGAGGCGGAUGGGGACAAGGCCACCUGCCACACUUGCUGCAUCUGCGGCAAGAGCUUCCCAUUCCAGAGCUCACUGUCGCAGCACAUGCGCAAGCACACAGGCGAGAAGCCCUACAAGUGUCCCUACUGCGACCACAGGGCUUCCCAGAAAGGCAACCUGAAGAUCCACAUCCGGAGCCACCGCACGGGGACUCUGAUCCAGGGCCACGAACCAGAGGCGGGCGAGGGGCAGCCGGGUGAGAUGCGCGUGUCCGAAGGCCUGGAUGCCUGCGCCAGCCCCACCAAGAGCACGUCAGCCUGCAAUCGGCUGCUGAAUGGGGCUGCGCAGCCGGACGGCACCAGGGUCCUGAAUGGGGCCGCACAGGCAGAUGGCACCAGGGUCCUGAACGGGGCCACGCAGGCUGACAGCAGCCGGGUCCUGCUGAGGAGCAGUAGGAAGGGCACGGAAGUGGCUGCGUGCGCCCCUGGGGAGGCCAAGGUGGCCGCGGCACAGUGCUCCUUCUGCAAGAGCCAGUUUGAGUUCAAGAAGGACCUGGAGCUGCACGUGCACCAGGCGCACAAGCCGUUCAAGUGCCGGCUGUGCAGCUACGUGACCCUGCGGGAGGAGUCGCUGCUGAGCCACAUCGAGAGGGACCACAUCACUGCGCAGGUGCCCAAUGGCGGCGAGGCCUGCGUGGAGAACGGCAAGCCCGAGCUGAGCCCCGGAGAGUUCCCCUGCGAGGUGUGUGGCCAGGCCUUCAGCCAGACCUGGUUUCUGAAGGCCCACAUGAAGAAGCACAGGGGCUCCUUCGACCAUGGCUGCCACAUCUGUGGCCGCAGGUUCAAAGAGCCGUGGUUCCUCAAGAACCACAUGAAGGCGCACGGCCCCAAGACAGGCAGCAAGAACAGGCCCAGGAGCGAGCUGGACCCCAUCGCCACCAUCAACAACGUGGUCCAGGAGGAGGUGAUCGUGGCCGGCCUGUCCCUCUACGAGGUGUGCACCAAGUGCGGGAACCUGUUUACAAACCUGGACAGCUUGAACGCCCAUAACGCCAUCCAUCGCAGGGUCGAGGCCAGCCGGACGCGGGCCCCGGCCGAGGAAGGGGUGGCAGAGGGGCCCCCGGACACCAAGCAGUUCUUCCUUCAGUGCCUGAACCUGAGGCCGUCGGGGGCCGGCGGCGACGACACGUCCCCUGGCGGGCAGGCCGGACGGCGGGUGCCCGAGCUGGACCCGGUCAACAGCUACCAGGCCUGGCAGCUGGCCACCCGGGGCAAAGUGGCGGAGCCAGCCGAGUACCUCAAGUACGGGACCUGGGACGAUGCUGUGGCCGGGGACGUGGCCUUUGACAAGGACAGGCGGGAGUACAUUCUCGUGAGCCAGGAGAAGCGGAAGCGCGAGCAGGACGUGCCGGCCGCGCAGGGACCCCCGCGCAAGAGGGCGAGCGGGCCCGGGGACCCCGCGCCGCCUGGCCAUCUCGAUCCUCGGCCAGCUGCACGCCCCAGCCGCAGGAGUGCGGCUGCCACUGGCCAGGGCAAGUCCUCCGAGUGCUUCGAGUGCGGCAAGAUCUUCCGCACCUACCACCAGAUGGUGCUGCACUCGCGCGUGCACCGCCGCGCGCGCCGGGAUCGGGACAGCGAGGCCGACCGCGCUGUGCGCGCGCGCUGUGGCUCGCUCAGUGAGGGCGACUCGGCCUCCCAGCCCAGCAGCCCCGGCUCGGCCUGCGCUGCCGCUGACUCCCCGGGCUCCGGCCUGGCCGACGAGGCUGCGGAAGACAGUGGCGAGGAGGGCGCACCCGAACCUGCACCAGGGGGACGGCCACGCCGCUGCUGUUUUUCCGAAGAGGUGGCAUCGGCCGCGCUCUCCAAUGGAGACCAGAGUCACAAACUUGGAACCAGUGCUCCGGAGAAAGACACCAGCGAGUCUGCCACGGGCAUCGCAGCUUCCGUGUCCAUACUUGAAAACAGCAGCAGAGAGGCAUCCAUAAGACAUGAGCAGCGCCGGUUUUCUGUGGACCUAAAGAUGCCAGCAUUUCACCCCAAGCAGGAGGCGCCUGGCUCUGGGGAUGGCACGGACGUCCCUUCAGGCGCAGAAGGGGACAGCCAGGCGAGCCACCCUAGAGAGAAGCCACCUGAUUUGCACAGCAUGGAGCAUCUUGGGGGAGGGAAGCGGGUGCUGGGCCCAGACCUCAUCCCACUGGACUUGAGCACGAGGUCUACGCGGGAUGGCCCCGGCAAUAAGGAGAUGGCCUCCUCCCUGCAGGCGGCUCUGGUCGUUCACCCGUGUCCUUACUGCAACCACAAGACCUACUACCCCGAGGUCCUAUGGAUGCACAAGCGCAUCUGGCACAGGGUCAGCUGCAACUCGGUGGCACCCCCGUGGAUCCAGCCCAAUGGUUACAAAAGCAUAAGAAACAACUUGGUUUUCCUCUCCCGAAGUGGACGCACAGGGCCCCCGCCUGCCCUGGGGGGCAAGGAGUGCCAGCCUCUGCUUCUCGCUCGGUUUACCCGCACACAGGUUCCGGGUGGCGCGCCUGGGCCCAAGAGCAGCUCCUCUGCCCUGGGGGUGGCCGUGAAAGCCUCUAGCAUGCCCAAGGACAAGGAGAGCCAUUCUGGGGGCCCCUGUGCGCUGUGGGUGCCCAGCCCCGAUGGGUAUCGACAGACCAAACCUGGCCACAGCCAGGAGCAGCAUGGCGCCGCCACACAGGGGCCCCCUCUGAAGCCCAAACAGGAGGCCAGCUCCAAACCGGCGCCUACCCCAGGGGGUGGGGCCUUCAGCAGGAGCACUACCCCCACACCCACCGUCAUCACCCGGGCUGGCACCCAGCCCUCGGCCAACAGCAAGCCGGUAGAGAAGUAUGGUCCCCCCCCAAAUAAGCACAGUGCCCCGGACUCCCUGAAAGCCAAAUUCAGCCCCCAGCCUCAGGGUCAGCCUCCCGUGAAAGGUGACGGGGGUGCUCCUCCUCUACCUCCCCGUGAGCCCCCCUCCAAGGCAGCCCAGGAGAUGAGGACACCAGCCACCUGCACCGCGGGGCCCAGAGGGGACGCCACCUUGCAGGCCCCACCACCUGUGGCCGGGGCGCCCCCUGUCCUGCACUCCAUCAAACAGGAGCCGGCGGCCGAGGGUCCCGAGAAGCGCCUGGACAUCCUCAACAUCUUCAAGACGUACAUUCCAAAGGACUUCGCCACUCUCUACCAGGGCUGGGGUGUCAGCGGCCCCGGGCUAGAGCACAGAGGGACGCUCCGGACACAAGCCCGGCCUGGAGACUUUGUCUGCGUCGAGUGUGGGAAGAGCUUCCACCAGCCCAGCCACCUCAGGGCCCACAUGCGGGCACACUCAGGGGUGUUUGAGUCGGAUGGACUCCGGGGUUCUGAAGUUCACAGCACCUCCAUGGAUGCUUCCAAACAAGGGAGAGAGCAUUCGAACACAGGUCCCACCCAGACAGUGCCUCUCAGAAAGGGAACCUAAAGGCGUGUUUGUGAUGCACCCCGGUCCCCGCCACGGCCGUCAGCAGUCCCCUCGCAGAUGUCCCAGCAGCCUCCCGCCAGUGACCAUGGCCGCCCCGUGGAAGAACAGCCGGAGAACCCCCGACUGGAUGCCUCCCACCCUGGAGCCGCUGUGCCCGAGUGGAACCUGCAGGGAGACACCUCUCCGUGUUAGACAUUUAAGAAUAAAUGAAGAUGCUAUACUCUA